CGGAGGUGCAAUGUCGAAACUUCAAUCUCUUCAUCGUGCUCACUUACCUACAAGAAUGUCGUGUCAUGGUUUAUAAUGUGGUGAGACCUACGCGAGCAUGGUCCCUUCGAACACCAUCGGCUUCUCGAGAGCCCCGCGCCGUUUCGUCGAGAAAAAAGGCAGGCAGACCACUGUAACAAGACGGAGCGCACCUGCUCGGCUAGUAGUAUUCCCUCAGGCUCCCCAGACCACGCUCCAGGUUCCAUUAGAGAUCACCGCCGCGCCUCAGCCGGCAAAGGCUCCUGCGAAGAAGCGCUUCUCCUUUAGUCCUAGCUCUACCCUGAAAAAUGGUAGAUCCCUAGGGAAAGCAGCGAGACACCGAACCCUAAGCUUCGAUGAGAGCUCCGAUUCGAGCGGUGACGAAUCUGACUCAAGCUACAACAGUUUUGUUCUAGAUCUAAAAAAGAAGGACAUCCUGCGAACCGACUCUCUUUUAGAAGCCGUUGAUCCCCUCAAUCGGUCAUCCUCAUACCGCAGCACUUCUCCAACCCUUAGCCUGAAAUCGUCACACGGAAGCCAGCCAACUACAUACCGAGUCCUGAAGUCUCGCUAUGAGGGUGACCUAUUUAGGAAUAGCAAGUUAAGCGCCCACCUCAUUGUGGGACCAAAUAAACGUCCCGGUCAACCGGAAUACAUGAAGCCCUUGUUCAAAUGGGUGCACUUAGAAAACCCUGAGAUGAAUUUCGGAGCGUAUAUCGAGUACGUUAUCAGAUGUCCUUAUCUGGAUGAUUCGGAGAGGGAUAGUGUCGGUUCGAUCCUAAGGACUGCUCGAGAGAAGUCCGACCAAUCCCUCCGGAUGCCACCUGGAAUGAAGGGGAGUUACAUUGAACCUGAGUAUUUCGAGGAGAAAAUCGAUUCAACAGUGUAUCGAGGGCCUCGCUCAAAGCAGGUAAAGAAAGAGGUUGUCAGGUGGUUGUGCAUUCCCUAUUUCUACUUGAAAGCCACAUCAUCUGAUCAUUCCACUAAGCCUCCUUUUACAAGGAAGGGUUGCAUUUCCGAAGGAAAACAUUUCCAGGUGGCCCAAUUUUGGUGUUUGAUGCUAGGAGAUGGCCUUAUAAUAUCAUGUGCUAGAGUAGGCGUUGCGGAUAUCCCUGGAAAGCUCAUCAAUCUCGUUCACAUACCUCCCGCCGAUCCAUCCCGGCCUCUAUCCGGGGAACGAGCUCCAAUCCUCGCCGUCUCUGAUGGAGGAAUACGCCUGUGGCUUCUUCCUCUCAGUCAGUGUGAAACCUGGUCCGCAUUUGUCGCCAAUUUUAUCGGCCUGGGCUUCAGUCUAGUUGACGGCUGGGAGGUGAAGUAUAAAGAUGUUGUGCUUGAUUCGAACGACUGGGACACCAUAGUAUCCAUUGCCAAGAAGACCGCGAUAAGAUUGGAACUUUGUAGAAAUGAUCUCGAUGAAAGCGAUGAUGAGGGCUCCUCUUCCGAUGAAACAUCUGAAACAGAACCUCUUCCAGCCUCCAGUCCUUCAAUCAGUGUUCAAGUUGACGAGCAAACACAGACAGGGCCAGCGGAUGUAGAAGAGUUCUCAACGAUGAGUUCUGUGGGAAGUGGACCAUCCAGCAUCACAGCCGGUACGGGACAAAGUGCAGAUACCACGGAGAUGCUGCAAGUGGGCGCAUUCCAUGUCUUCACCUUGCUUGCUACAGAGCCCAUUACGCAAUCUCCAGACACCACCGUUGAUCCGGCACAGGGCAGCGCAGGGCCACCGAAACAACAGUACCGAGUCAAUGAAAAGCAACUUCAGCAAGACCUCUCGGAAGCUGACAUAUAUCUAUCCACGAAGAAUUCUCGAGAAAUGGAGAGCAAGAGCUACACGGAAUGUCCUCCUAAAACCACGUAUCAAGUAGAGAAUUCCAUUUCUUCACUGCGAGGUUUACUAGACCGUGAGGAAUUCAACAAUAAGUUGACGUUUGCUAGAGCGGCCAAGGACCUCUUCGAAUUCUUCCUUCCUCUUCGUUAUGAACACCCAUUGACCUUAAAAUUCUGGGGAGGCCUCAACCGUAUCCUUCAGACUAGAGGGAUAAAGAGCGCCCAUGGUCAGUUCGCAAUGAUCGCGAAAGACCUUUCCAAUCUGGCGAAGGUGGCUAGCGAGAUCAAAUUGGAACUCUUCUCAGAGAAAGACUGGUCAGAAUUUGUCACUACCGUCCCUCAUGAAUUUAUCCAAGCUUGGAUGAUGCUCAUCAUUUUCAUUGUAAUGUUCUCGACAGAUCGCUUUGCGAAGUCUUCCAGUCAUAUUCGAAGGUGCAAAGAAAGGUUUUUACAAGGCCGGCUGAAGAUGAUUGAGCGCCUACAGCCGGUUAGUAUACGUGAAAGAGAAGCAGUGUUACCGCUUGGUCUCACCGUCCUCAUCCUUGGUCAACUGCUGCAUGACAGCCAAGGUCCACUCACUCUAGAGCGUCACCGCCUCACCUCCUUUUACUGGGACUCUCUCAAAGACUUCAAACAGCAAGUGGAUGAUAAGCCGCUAAGUCGCAAGUAUGAAGGGAGGUUCACGACCCUCAAAACGGAAUUCGAGACCAUAAUCGGGCAGUUGGAAGACCAACAACGGGUUCUCGUAGCCCUUGAGGAUAGUAUUAACGAAUCUGAGAGUCACUCGUUCGCAGCUGGUUCAUCGUAUUCUAAACCAAUCUCAAUGGAGCCAAGCCGCGAAGUGUCAGUCACAGACUAUCUACUAAACCAGACUGAAGAGAUGCUACAGAAUUUCGGGGAAAUGUCCCGCCGAUUGACUGAGUUGGAGAAUUGGCAUUUCCUAUGUUUGUCGAUCGACACCGAUAAGCAGAACAAGGCCUCCUUCGUCUUCACGACUGUCACGGUUUUCUUUCUUCCAAUCUCCACUCUCGCUAGUAUUCUUGGAAUGAAUACAAACGACAUUCGAAACAUGACAGAAAAUCAGUGGCUCUUUUGGGCUGUCGCGGUUCCGCUUUGUAUUUUCUCGCUGUCUAUAUGGCUUGUGUAUUUCGGAUCAUUUGAGAGGUUCUCGGGAUGGACAAAGCAACGGAAGGAGAAGAGGAAGCAUGCCUAGUGACGGGGUUUGGUUUGGUGACUGGCCUUGGGACUUUGUUGGCUUUCUUGCGAAGAAGGAUGUUUAUCAUGGCAAAUCCAUAGUUAGAG